AUGACUGCUUCCGAAAUAGAGGAUUUACUCUCAAACCCAAAUCUGGAAAACCCUUACACGAGCCUGAAAGAAGAACUGAUAAGAAGAUUAUCAGUCUCAGAACAUAAGAGGAUUAAGCAGUUACUCGUAGAAGAAGAACUCAGGACAGAUACACCAUCCCACUUUCUCAGAAGACUGAAAUCGUUAGCUGGCAGCAGCGUUCAAGAUGACUUGCUGAGAAUCAUCUGGAUGCAGCGACUUCCUGCGCAUAUUCAAGGCAUCCUCCAAACCCAGUUAGGUGCUGGGGUCAGUACCGAAUCAUUGGCAGUUACAGCGGACAAGAUUCAGGAGGUUCAACCUUUGAGUUCACCUGCAAUAUGCUGUGACGCUAUUUUGUCAAAGCGAGGUAAGCCAACGAAUACCUUUUCUCAGACCCCACAUAGUCACAACAAUCUCAAUCAAGGAGGAGGUUUUGAGGCAAUUUUGGAGAAACUUUCAAUGCUGGAGGAGAAAGUUAACCGUCUUUCAGAUGACUUGAUGACAUAUAAAAAUAGUAAGUUCAGAUCGCAAAGUCAGAGCCAGCCCAGUAAACAGCAUAGUACCUCACCCCACAAUGACAUCUACUGCUGGUAUCAUAAACAUUAUGGAUCACGAGCCAUCAAAUGCGUGACUCCUUGCACUUAUCCUUCUACAAAAAACGAGCUAGGCAACUAG